UAGAACCUUACUAAACACGCACAUCUCUCUCUCUCCCUCAUUCGUUCGCUCUCUGUCCUCCACCCGAUAUGGAUACUCUCCUCGUCCACAGCCCUUCCAUGGCCAAGCGGCCGUGCUGCUCCUCCGACCCUCUCGUCGCCAACCCUAGGGUUCCGAAACCCGACCCGAUGGACAGCCUCCUCGAAUCUUUCCUUGGCCUCUCCGAUUCCCCGCCCCUCUCUCUAGACCUCUCCUUCGACCGCCUUCUCGACUCUAGGGCUUCCGAUUCGGACCGCAACGACAUGAUCGACCGCGCCAUGAGGCUCGGUUCCUCCCUCCUCGAAGCCGGCAAGAGAUCCGCCAGAAAGCGCGCCACGGUCCACAACGCCGUGGUUUGGGCCCUCCCUCCUGAUCUCACCAUCAAAGUAUUCUCUAUGCUUGAUACACAAAGUGUGUGCCAUGCUGCAGCUACCUGUUCUUUCUUCCAUAAGUGUGCUUUGGAUCCUUUGUGCUAUGCCAAUAUUGACUUGAGGACAGUAGUCCCUAAGGUCAAUAACUUGGUUGUAUCUACAAUGAUUCAACGAGCCGGCAAAGUUCUUCAGUCUCUUAAGCUUGGCAUAGUACCAGGGCCAACUGCAUCACUUGGAUCUUCUCAGCCACUUGUCUACACAAUCAGGAAUUCUACAGAUGCAUCUGGAUUUUCAUGGAAUGAUAAAAGAUCUAGACAAGGAAAGGAGUCAUCUAUUUUAACAAGAUCAUGUUUAAGUUCGUUGAGUGGGGACAUUGAUGCUCCAGGGGCUCUUUUGAGGAGGUUGCACCUUUACAAUAUUGAAAGAAUGGAUAAUGCAGCACUCUCUGUAGCACUGUCAACCUGCUCGUAUCUCCUUGAUCUUGAGAUUGUUGGCCUUCAUGUUGAAUUGAGGCAGACGUUGGAAUCAGUGAGCAAACAUUGUCACUUGAUAGAGCGAUUGUAUUUUGAAUCUUCAAAAACAGGUAGAGAUGACAGUUUGAAAUUGCCAACCUGCAGUGAUUUAGUGAACAAUUGUCCUCAUCUGACUUCCUUAGCUCUUAGAGGAUUUAAGCUACAUGACCACAAAGUCCGUAUACUUGUGAAGGGUUUCCGGAAGCUGAAAUAUGUUGACUUCUCAACUUCCUACUCAAUCACCGGUGCCUUUCUAAGGAACCUUUUAGGCAGUGCGGGUGGGAGUCUGCUGGAGUUUUUGAUUUUACGUGACUGUAUGCAUCUUAAGGAGGUGGAAAUUGCACGGUUUUUGACAGCAGUUCUUGCGGGUGAUUUUAAGAUGCUUAGACAUCUUGACAUAUCCAACAGAGAAGGUUUGGCAUCUGAAGGUGAUUGGUACCACAGAUGUUACAGCAAAAGCUUCAUUCCUGAGAAGCAACUAUUAGAAGAAAGGCCAGGCUUCAGGCUGCUGGCUGAGUUCCCUCCUGAAGCAAGUUUUGUCGAGAUUGAUCAAAUGAUUGGCAGUGAUUACAGCGAUUUUAGCUCGCCUUCACAGCCAAGUAGUCAUACAUCAGAUGGAACACUGUUUGUGAGUUCAUCAGAAGGUAGCUAUAAUAGUGAUCAGGGUAGCGGGAAUGAGGAUGGCCGGGAUGCCAAUUUUGUAAUUUAUGAGGAAAGUUCUGAUGAGGUGGACUUUCUGGUUCUCUGACAGACAAGCCUAGUAAGGCAAGAACUGGAAGCUGUGGUCACGGAGAGAGUUUGGUACCUCUCUCUCUCUCUCACUCUGUGUAUGAUGCAUGAUGUUUGUGUGCAACGUCCAUAUGUAAUAGUAGUAUUGGUGUGUCAGGACCCUAGUCCUAAGUGAUGUUUCCUUAGAAGAUAGAACUGGAAAUUAAGGGAGAAAUCAUACGAAUUGAAGGGAGGGGGGGGGGGGGGGGGGGAAUAGACUGAAAUGAGGGAGAACUGACAGAAAUGAGGAGAGAAUGGGGGGAGAAAAAUAGACGGAACUUGAGAGAGAACAGAGAGAAUUCAAUAAACUUAAUAAUUCAUACAUUGAUAUCCCGACCAUGAGGGUUAUGGCUGUAUAUACAAGCAGUCCAUAAUUCUAUAGAGCAGUUAUCACUCUUCACUACUAGUAACUGCUCCUUGAUCACUAUCUCCCCACUACUCCAUAACUAAGAAUAAUCAGAUAAUGAAAGCAAUAAUUAACUAUUUUAGCAAAAUAAGUAAAAAUAAAAAUAACAAGUUGGUCGUGACAUGGUGAUUCAUGUUUUAGUGCUUAUUCUUAAAUGUGCGAAUUUGAGUGUUCUGUGUGUGUAGAUUGAGAGUUAAGUGGUUGGUGGCUGAUUCAUAAAUCAGUGAUGAAGAAUUUGAUCCAGUAGUGAUAGGGCUUUUUAUUUCCCCCUUAUGAUAAAUGAUAAUAUUGUCGUGACAACCUCAGUGCAACAUAAGAGUCUGUUUUAGCUUCCAAGGUUUCUGAGUUCUUAACUGAAAAAACUGCACUUUGUGAUAUUAAAUGGAAAUGGCUACCCUCUUCCUCUCUUUUAUUGUUUCCUUUUCGAGAGAA